UUAGACUAGCCAGGCAAUGGCGUACGCUAGCUAGCUGGCCCAACCAAACCAUCGGAUCCUUCUUGCCGAAUGCUGUAAUUCGAAGACCAGUCAAGGCAUCUUUUUGUUUGUCACUCAAAUUCCAUCGACCGAGCGUAACGUACCUUUAGUAAUCUCCCACAAAAGUACUAAACAAGAAAUUCCCUCCUACUCACCUUUCCUUAUAAUUAAGAAGACUACAGAUCGAACAAAUUAAAGGAGUAUUCAACCAAAACGGGAACUAGAUAAUAUAGUUAGAAGAUGAGGGCGUCGAGAGUAGUAUUAACAUGGACCACCGUUAUCUUGUUGGUCCUCUGCAGCGACAACGCAGUCCCGCCUGCAACGGGACAAGACGGCGGUGUCACGUGCAGCACCAACAAGAUAAAGAACGGGGAGCCGAUCGCCCACGCGAUCGCCUCCCUCGUGUGGAUUCUGAAGAACUCAGCUCCGUCCCUCGUGAAGAGGCCCGGGUCCAUCUUAUGUUUCGACAACGUCUACCAGGGUCCCGGUGGCGCCGCCGUUGCUUAUGGCUCGGCGGCUUGUAACUCGCAGGAUGUUGGCGGCUGCGCGGCCUGCCUGAACGAUGCACUCAACGCGUUGUCCGGUGGCUGUCCCGGCUGUAACGGCGGCCAGGUCACCCUCGACAACUUCUGUCUCAUGAGGUUCGAGGCAUAUGCAUACUGCACUUGAAAACAUAUAUAUGAAAUCCCAAUUCACAAAUCUGUACCGUUCUCCUGUUGUACACUUGUACAACGUACUUUUUUGGGUUGGGUAUAUGCAAAUAAUGUGCAUGGUCGGAUUUACAAUAAGCAAUUGGUAUGUUUGUAGUUGAUGCUAUAUGUAUAUGUAUAUGUGAUGUGAUUGAUAAUGUGUAAUAAAGAUCGUCAUCAACAUACACGCUUCACGCUUGUGUUUGAUGUUGGUCCCCUAGUUAGUUUUCUCAGCCAUGCAUGCAUCGUCGUCGUUACUGAGCUACGUUGACUAGAGAUGGCAAAAAUAUCCGUAACCGUGGAUAUCCGCUCGAAUCCGACAUUGUCACGGGUAAGGGUAAAACUCGAACCUGAAGGACUUUUUAGCGGGUACGAGUAAAAUCCGAACCCGAAUAUAGCGGCUAAUGGGUGGGCAUGGUUUUCUCACUAUCCAACCCGAACCCGCCCGAUAUACACAUGCAUAUAUAUAUUUUGUCUAGAAAUAAUCAUUAUUUUUCUUU